UGGAGUCAAACUCGACAUAGCCUGCGUGUCAGUGCAGUCUACUUACAGCUGGCUGUGAGCAGAACUGGCGCUACUUAACUGUUAUUCAUGCACACGUUUGAUAAGUCUUCAUCCAAACGCAAUUGUUAAGCACUGUUUCUUCUACCACGGUGAUUUUUCGGUUUUUUCCUCGCUCUCUUCUUUUGGUUUUGUUUUCUACGGAGAGUAAAGUUGAGAGGCUGGGCCUUUUAACUUAGCUGUCUGUCGCCUGAAAAAAAAGAGAAGAACCAGCAACUUGACUUAUUUUUGUUGUUGUCGGUUAAGGGGAGAAGAAAAAAAACCGCGAUAAAUGCUCCUGACGAAAAUGGAUCUGUUGAACUUCCAGUACCUGGACAAGAUGAACAACAACAUUGGCAUACUCUGCUACGAAGGAGAAGCAGGCUUGCGAGGAGACCCCCGACUGCAAUCCCUGUCCUUGUCCUCGUCUUCCUCCUCCUCAUCCUCCUCUUCAUCGUCCAUCUCCAGCCACAGAACAGGCCCGCCACCCAUCAGCCCCACCAAGAGAAAACUGAGCGGGGAGCAGGGGGACAGUGACAUGGACGACAACGAGCACGUGGCCAAGAUGAGCCGACUGUUCGUAGCACAGUUGAAACCUCAUGGAGACUAUCGCAACUCCUCCAAGGACCAAACCCGGAGUCCUAUGGAACGUGUGGUGGUGCCCAGCACUCUGGGCGUCCACGCCAACCACCUGUACAGCCACGCCCACAUCCAACACCAUCACCACCUGGCCAGUUUAGCCGCCAUGGACCAGCCGCUGGCGCUCACAAAGACUAGCGGCAUGGCGGAGAGACACAGCGCGACAGCUCUGGCCGCCGGGCCUCACACGGUCGGCGUCGCAGAACGCCAGCAGAAUCGUCCUUCGGUCAUAACAUGUGCCCCUGCGAACAACCGCAACUGCAACCUGUCACACUGCCCGCUCUCCCACAAUGGCUGCUCAAGCCACACUAACAGCUACAGGAGAUCCCAUACCAACACGGCAUGCGACCCUGUCAUCGAGGAGCACUUCCGCCGCAGCCUAGGCAAAAACUACAAGGAGCCCGAACCGGCGGCGGCGCCGACGGCCACCAACUCUGUGUCCAUUACGGGCUCGGUGGACGACCACUUCACCAAGGCGCUGGGCGAGACCUGGCUUCAGAUCAAGAACAAGAGCGCGCCGUCGUCGUCGGCCAGCAGCCCCAACUCGUCGCCCGACAGCCGCAUGAUCAACCACAACCACUCCCCUUCUCUGGUCUCCUGAAGGGGACGGAGUUUUCAACGGGGGACGGGUCCCCGACACCUUGAGGCCUCCUUGAGGGAGUGCACAGUCUGCUGGUCUGCUUAACACAAAUCACCAAUGGAGCAAUAAGGAAAUGAUGAGGAACUUGAACGCGGCGUCCUCGCGAGUCUUCUGUAGUUAUUUGUACAUAAAGAAGCAGUUUUUCUUGUAGAUCUUUUAUUUUUGUUUUGUUUUGUUUGUGGAACUGUAGUUUGGCUAUUCUGCAUCUGAAAGACACAAGCGAGAGAGAAAAAAGCACCUGACUGUGCAACCAAAGAAACCUCGAGCCCCUUUCACACUGCGUAGCAAAGCCUCGCUAACUGCAUUGAAUGGGGUGGGGUGGGGGAUAAGGUUUUAGGCCAGGAUUGGGGUUUCAAGAGCCUGGUUUAGGGCUUAAAGUUAGUUUAAAGUAAGGUUUCAGGUUAUGGUUUGAAGCCUUGGUUAGGGCUUCAAGCAAAGGUGAGGCUUUUAUAUUACGGGUUCAAAUUUGUGUGGUAAGGAUUUCAUGCCAGGGCUAAGGUUUCAAUUUCAGGUUAGUUUUAGUGUCAAGACAAUGUUAGAGUUUCUAAUUCGGGUUAUAGUUUAAAGUUAUGCUCUCAAGCCUGGUUUAGGAUUUCAAAUUAGGGUAUCAUGUCAGGGUUAGGGUUUCAAAUGGGGUUUUCAAGCGUGGUGUAGCGUUCCAAAUUGGGUUUGACUGCAGGUGCUGGCGUGCAAAGCAGUGCGAAAGGGUUCGAUGUUUCUCCCGCCACCAUCGGCUUCCCUCAAAAGCACUCCGGUCGUGCCCAUCAAAAUGGCUGCCGGACAGAUGAUGAUGCGUGCUAAUGCUAAUCGCAAAGAACAACAACCGGCCCCUCAAAACCCAGCUGCGCUUCACUUGCUAAUGAAUGCUUUUUAGCCAUGCGUGUAUUUUCGUUUUGUUUUAAUUUUGAAUAGCUGGCAUCUAUUAGGAAGCAUUUAAAAGACUUCUAAUUAGCCUUUUUAUUUGUUUUUGACGUUAUCUCGUAACACAUGUUCAACAAUAUACACUCACUGCUGGAUCAGUUGUACUCCAUGUUAUAUCGUUGAUGUUACCAUGCCGUGUGUGUGUGCUUUUUUUUGUACUGUGUGCUAGCAAACAUCUCGAGCUAGCGGACAGGCUCUGCUAAAUAUUUUGCUAACAAAACUCAAAAUUAAAAGCAAGCAUUGAUGUUGAUCCGUCAGUGGCGCCGCGUGUGGUGCGCUCACGUGCGUCGUCGUUCACAGACAUCCCGGUGGGAUCUCUAUAAAGUUGACGCCAAGCAAGUACAGAGCGGUACGGUAUGGUGCACAGCAUUGAAAAAUUUGAGUGAGGAUGAGAAACUACUCUCUUGACUUUUGAUCCAAUUUUCUUUGUUUGGGUGCCAAAAAAACAAGUGUGUAUCUCCAAUUUGGGGCUUCUUAUUUUGAGGGUUUCAAAGCUUUGGUUAAGAGUUUCAAGUUCAGGUCAAGACUUUGAGCUUGACCUGAACUGACUUAGAACAUAGGGUUUUAAAUUAGGCUUUACAAGUUAGAUUUAGGGUUUAAAAUCAUGGCUGCAGUUUUAAAAUAGGGUUUCAAGCAAAGGUUAGGGUUGCAGGUCAGGGAUAGAGUUUCAAGUUUAGAUUUGGGUUUUAUGUUAGUGUUUCAUGUCAAGGUUCGUAGUUCAAGCAACUUCUAGGGUUUCAAGUCUUAGUUAAGGUUUCAAGACAGGGUUAGGGUUUUAAAUUUGGGUUCCAAGCAAAGGUUGUUGUUUCAUGUCAGGGUAAGGAUUUUUUUAAAUUAGCAUUUUAAGCAAUGGUUAAAUUUUAAAUUAGGGUUUCAAGUCAGGGUUAAGGUUUCAAAUUAAGGCUCCAAACAAUAGUGACUUUCAAGCAACAGUUAGGGUUUGAAAUGGUUCCAAACCAGGGGCGAGGUUUCACAUUAUGUAUUUAUGUUCAUCCAAACACGGCAAUUGCGAGAUACACGCUUGAUGUUGAGGGUGUACCAUAAAGAGGCGGAGUUACGCUGCAGUCCAUUGAUUGGUUGAUGGCGAAUCGUGAUGCUGGGUAAUGGACUUGAGAACACAAAAUGGUGGCUGCUAGUCUUCUGUAGCUGUUGUUCCUCUUUGUUGAAUUUAAAUACCCUACCGCCUUAACAAACAAAAACAAAAAAAAACGGACUGAAGUGGACCGCUUAGUUGAAACGCUCCCACCGAGAAGCGGCCACCACACAUUCCAUUCUGAUUUCGGGGGUCGCAUCAAGAGGACUACAACUAAAAUGGCCGCCUGAUAGGAGGCAUUUCUUGAGGGUGAGGUGUUCACAGGAGCUGAGCUUCUGUUCGCCCUAAAACGUGACAACCGCUUGCUAAACUUUUAUUUCACUACCAUGCUGUAGUUUGAAGGCUGCCUGUCUACAACACAACACACAGUAGGAAAAUUAUUAUUUUUUUGAUAAUAGGUAACUAUAAGACCAUCAUUACGCUGUGCGUAACGGAUGUACAGAGAAAACAAAUCAUAGGUAUUUUUCAAGGAACAAUAAUUUGUUAAUGAUAUGUAGCUAUUUAAUUGUUUUUUCUUCCUGUCCUCGGAUUAUAAUCUUUUUUUUUUUCCUUGUUGAAAAAGUUGAUCUUUUUUGUUGUUUGUCUUGAAAAAGGUGCAGGAACACACACACACAAAGCCACUGGACAUUGUCAGUGACAAUUGUUACUUCCGGCAAUUAUUUAAUUAAAAAAAACAUCACUCACCCCCAAUAAGUCUAGGUCAGCACCACCUCCUGGCUGCUUCAUCCACAUCUUCCAAAAAUGUCCAUUUGUCAAACAAUCUUGAAACCGAAUCCAACGUUUUGCUCUUCAUGUGCUGCAUGAGCAUUGUUGGUCGUCCACUCUUGCGUCUUUAAUCAACAUGGGUGAUGCGGCAACCAAGCACAUGUUCCGGGGCCCCUUUUUUUUUUUUAUACAAGUGGCAUGUAGUUUACUGCUAGGAUGACUCUCGCAAAUGUAAAAAAAUAUAUACAUAUAUAUACACACAAUUUGUGGCUCUGUGUCUCCUACUGAAAAGGUUUUGGCAGGCCACCUUUUUUGUACGUAAAGUAGCCUCAAUGAACAAUAAAGUGCUUUUACAUCA